ACAGUUGAUCUGAAGAUGGCGACAUGUGUGUGUAGGUUUUGAAAAAUGUUGACGUUGAAUCGGUGCAUUUCUUGUAAUGAAAUUAAUUUAUUUAGUGUAUAAUGUCAGAAACAAAACGGGCAAAUCUUACAACAUUAAAUUCAAACAAAAGUGAUAAAAAACCAGUGACAACACCUAAAAAAACAGUGCGUCUGGACCUCAACUUGAUAGAGCCCAAUGAAGAUGAAUGUUCUGUGUUCAACUUCACUGCACUUAUCAAAUCCCUAGAGAAGAAGCAAUUGAAGAAGAAGAACAGCGCAGAAGGGAAAGUGAAUGGCAUUGCCGAUCCGUUCGGAGAAGAUGAUGAAGAAGAAGUCGAGAGGAUAGCCAGGCAGUUCGAGGAGAAAUAUGGCGACAAGAACCGUUGCUACUCGUACCGUGAAUUGGGGGCCGGCUACGAUGAGAACGACUCGUUCAUCGACAACACGGAGAACUGCGACGAGGCGCUGUCUCACGAGUACCAGACCGACCAUGGCGGCUAUUACGUGCACUCGGGGCCACUCACGCUCAAGCGCGUACAACUGUGCGACGAUGAUGGCCCCCCCGACGCCGGCGACGAGGUCAGGGGCAAGCGUCGCAAGGGGGGACCCAACGUAAUAGGAGAUGAUUCUGAGGAAGAUGAAGAUGAAGAAGAUGAGGAAGACGACGAUGAAGAUGAAGAUGAUGAUGAAGAAGAUGAAGACGAAGAGGAAGAAACGACUGAAAAAGAGACGGAUGUAAGUGAGAAGAAUGAGGAGAAACAGCCUGAGAAAGAGGUCGAAAAGACAGUAACUGUAAAGAAAAUGAAGCUCGAUAAGACUGAUGACUGCACAGAAAUCGCCACAAAAUCGGAAGACAUGGAAGAUGCAGCGGCGUUGGCGAAAAAGCGCAAAAAAGCUGAAAAAAGACACCACAACCAUAAUUCCGAUCAUAACCAUCAUCACCAUAAAAACCACAAACACCAUAGAAAAGACGUUGACGAAAAGGUGGAACCAGUUGCAACGAAUAAUGUUAACUCGACAGUCGUUGAUAACGAGACUGUUGUGAAUAACGGUAUGGCGGAGAACAUGAGCAACGGAAGAACCCACGAUGGGAAGGAGAAGGAGAAUAUGAAAGAGAAAGAGAAAAUGAGAGAAAAGAAGAAGAAGAAUGCGACGGUGAAAGCGCUGUUGGAAGAGAAGAGACUGCAACAGACAGAGCCGCUCAAAGUUGCUGAAACGGUGAAUUUGGGUGUUGAACCGUUGCCUGAUGGAACUAACCAUAAGUCGGUUAAUGACGUAAUUGAGUUUGUCAUAAGUUCAGCAAGACACGAUGAUAUGAGCAAACAGAGCUCUAGUUCCAGCGUUAAAUCUAACACCGAUUCGGACCUAUCACAGUCGUCGCAUUCGACCGACGACACGGCGAAAGAGUCGCAAGCGGCUGCGACUGGGGUGGUGACAGGUAGUGCAGGGGUGAAUCGUUCGGCGGCUGAAGCGCCCGCGCUGCCCGCCGAAAUGAGCGAACUGAUCGCUCGCGUCAAGCUGGCCAUGAACCAAUCGCAUUUCUCCAAGCGUAACUUCUCGCCUGAGGUCAAUACGCUGCUUAUGAGUUUGGAAAUGAAAAUGCAAACGGUCUCUUCAGUGAUUCGAACGCUGAUCUACGAGCAUUUAGCCUUUUUCCUGCCUUGCUCCAAGCAAACGCUCACCAAGAGGAUGAAGAAAUUGUGCUGCGAUUUUGAAGAGGAGAAGAUGGCCGAGCCUUUGAAAAAGUUGAAAGCUGCUGUAGAUGCCACAAUGCCAGCACUCCUAGAAAAGUAUUUCAAGGAUUGUCAAAAGGUUGCAGCUGAAAAGGCUGCAGCAGCUUCAACGGAAGAAAAUGGAACCGGGGAAAAACCAGAAGAAUCAACCAAUCCAAGACUGCCGAGAAGGAAAUUCAUUUGGACGAAUGAAAUGAGGUCGUAUGUAAAGGAGGUGAUACGUUUGCGACUGGUCUGCUACAAUAUCAAGAAUCCGCGCCGGGAGUCGAGCGACAUUUUUCUGCGGACUUUUCUGGACAGCCAAGUUCAGCCGCUAUGGCCACCCGGGUGGAUGAAGACUUCCAUACUGAUAAGGGAGGCAGAGUCCAGUACUGUGCAAUCACUACGCAAAAUAAGAAAGCAUCAAAGUCCUAGUCAACAACAACAACAGCAGCAGCAGCAACAGCAACAAUUACUACAGCAACAACAGUUGCAACAUCAACAGUUGCAGGCGCACAUGCAAUCAAUAAUCACACAACAGUUGCAACAGCAGACCCCGCAACCAUUGCAAUCACUGCUCAAUGUUUCACUGCCAUCUAGCACAACUCUCACACCGACCAACGGGGGAGCCACGUCCAGUUUCAAGCUGACACCCGAUCAUCAAAAGACAAAAAAAUCGUCUCCUCUUACAGUAUCCACCACGUCUCCCUCUACAGCGGUACCCGUUAUCAGUCCAACGAACGGUCUGACGAUUUCCAGGGUGGUCUCGCCGCAUGCUGGAGGAGGGGCCUCGAAAGUGCCUCCCUCCCCGAGUCCCCCCAAACGCCAGUCGUUGUCUCCCUCCACCAGUCCGUUUGCGAUCAAAUCGAUAACCAUGAAUGGGGGCGGAGCAUCGUCUUAUCGAGAUUUCACACCAAAUUCAAAUAAUUCGAACAGUGGCGCGAACAAUACCCCUCCGGGUGGUGGUAACAACCAGUUUUCGAAUUCAACAGACAGUGUUAAAAAACAAUUAAAGUAUGGAGGGGAUGUUAGUGUUAAGGUUGAUGAUGGUGAUAAUAGUAUCCUGGAUUUGUCUUCGCCGAGCAGUGGCGCGCGUAGCGAGUUAUCGUCACCAAGUGUACCAACCAAAGCGCAGCAAAAGUGUGUGAGUGGUUAUGUUGGCAGCAGUGAUAGGACGACGCCAAGUGUGAUAGCUCGCAGUAGUGAUGAAGCUCUUUCGAUCGUGGUGACGUCACAGUCGCUAGCCACGCCUCUCAAGGCGUCUCCGCCAAUCACAGCGGUCGAGGCAAAGACUCCGCCCACCUCUGUCCACCUCAGCCCCAAUACACAAAACCCAGAGACCCGUAAGUCCGAGCCAUCCUCAAGUCCGCGAAGUUUGAAGCAUCGAAUUCUGCAGGAGCAGAUGAAAAACGAGAAGCUGGUGAGAGACAGAGACAGUAAACCGACUAUCGAUCCUUUUCCAAUCAUUGAGAUAAAGGAUGAACCGAUAGAUGUUCCUCUCUCUUCAUCUACGCCCACGCCCAAAGUAGAUGAAAACAAGGCCAAGAAAAAACUCAAGAUGGAAUCCACAGCUGAAGCCAAUAGUGCUGCUUCUGUUGUUAAAACCGAAAUAAAAGAGGAAGUGCAAGUUGAUCGGCCAGCCUCGCCUGUUGUUGAUCAACAACAACAACAACAAGAACAACAACAACAAGAGAAGCAACAACAACAACAGGAACAACCAGCGUCAACAACUGACUACGACCAGGAAAUGAAGUUGGAGACCGUGACAGCAACCGACAUUCUCAGUCAGCUGAUCAGUGAGAGUCUCAUGUCGACUCCUCAACCUGAAGAGGCUCCAGUAAGCCGGUUGCCGCCCGAAUCGUCCAAGUCGAGUGAGACAAAGAGAAGCCAGCAGCGGUUGCCUAGCAACGACCAGGAAACGGUGCAGACGCAGAUGGAGGUGGAUCAGGUGCUGCAGGAUCUGGCAAUGCUGCGACAGAUGUCAAGGGGGUCCACUAACGAUUCUAUCACUGCUUCCGAUGCCAAGGGUACGAAAUUGUCGCAACCGCUCAGUCCGGCCUCCUUCUCUAAUCAUUCAAGUUAUUCAGAAAAAUCAACGCCGCACAUAUCAAGUUACCAGAACGAAUUCUACAAACACAUCUUGAAAAAAGAGGAACUUCCUCCUCUUCCUCCCACUUCACCUCCUCCUACACCUCCGCCACCUCCUCCUCCAUGUUCCUCUUCUCUUCCCCCUCUUCCUUCUUCUCUACCUCCUCCUCUUCCCUCUCCUCCUCCUCCUCUGCCGCUGGAUUUGCCUCCUCUUCCCCCUCUACCACCUUCGGCUGCCCCCACUCCUCCUCCACCACCUCCUCCUCCUCCAUGUCAAUCGCCGCAGCCUGAUAGCAGGUCGAAAAAUGACAGUAGUUAUAAGUGUGAAAUACUAGACGACAUUCCCAGUUAUACAUCAGGCAGCAAAGUACAUCCACAAAAUUCGUUGCCCACCUUCAACACUCCUCAGCUGAUGAACAGUUCGACGUCCGGCAUGUCGUACGGUAAAUACCCUUCAGCACAUCCAAAUCUCCCUCAGCAAGUUCCUAUGUCACAUGCCGUUGUGCCAAGCGUUAUUCAACAUUCCUCACAUUCAACGCGACCAUCAUCUACGUCAUCAACAUCAUCGUCUUCACAUUCCUAUCAACAUAAUUACCAUCAUCAACAAAGUCAUGAGGAUCGACAUCAUUACAAUAAACAGCCACAUCAUCAUCAUCAGAAUCAUCAAAUGAACCGAUCGCAGUCAACGACGUCUUAUUUCGAUAAAAAUGCCGCAGAUUAUCAGCAUAAUCAUCAUCAGCAGCAGAAUCAGCAUCAUGGGAAUCAUAGUCAGCAUCAUUACAACAAGAAAUUGCAGGACAAUCAGCGAGACUAUCAGAGAGAUCGUCAGAGACAGCCAGACCAUCAGCAAAGAAAGAACAAAUCAUCGACUCACCAUCAGUACGGCUCCAAUUACGAUUGGAACUACGGAUUCUGAAGAACAUCCUAAGCAGCAUUAAACUUCAAAAUGCUUCCUACAUCUUCGAUAAUAUGACUUCGUGAGCCUCCCAUCAUAGAUGAAUAGUAGAACAUAAGUAUUGAAAACAGUAAUGAUAUAUUGUUUAACAAAUCAUAACGAUCGAUACUAAUUUAUUAUUGUAAUUAUGUUCGAUGAUCAAAUAUUGUUUUUUACAUUCGUGUUGUAUUUGGUUGUGUGAAAGUGUUUCAGUUUUGUAUUUAUUUGUAGGCUAAGUGAAGAAUAUGAGAUGAACGAUUAUAAAUGGUGUAAAAAAUAUUGAGAAUUAUUACUUCUACAACUUGUAUUUUUUACUAUUGUUAGACAAUGCUGGUAGGUGUGCUUUGUGAUUUGCUAUUAUAUAUAUAUAAACUAGAUUAUAAGAGUAAGGUAAUCUUCUAUGAAUAUUAUGUAUUAAAUGAACAUGCUGGUACAUAAUGUUAUUGUAACAUAUAGUUUAGAAAGAGCUUUAAUUUUGCUGUAGUGAAAUUGAGAAUAAAGAAAGCCUGAUUCAUAAUUUC